UCCAUUCCAACGCCCGUGUGUGCACCUCCUACGCUGUCGAGUGUUUUGUCUUCGUUCGUGACUUCGGUCUCAACCACCUCGACCGCUGCGAUAGUCGCGAAGGCCUGGAGGAUGUCACGAAUUUGAUUCUGCAUUCAACCACGAAUGGUGGCCAUCUCACCACACCGCACAAACGAUUCAUGCAUCUCGUGUCGCAUUUGGAGCAACUGGUCCAUCCACACACGUAUAUCAAGCCAUUACGGUUGUCAAGCACGCGUUCUUCUCCACCACGUUCGAUUCAUCCACUGACAAUUACGUCAAUCACACGUUGAACUUGCGCGAUGCCGUCGUGGUAGCCGAUCUAUUUAGCUUGCCUUCGAGGUGAUUGAAGCGUGUCGAGCGAUGGACGAAUUGUCCCCUUCAGUCGAAAGUAACCACCAACUCCCACACCAAACCAAACCCAAGCGACUUCUACAAGUCCUACGCCAGCUCUGCACCCACGGCUCGAGGCAUCACAGGCGAAUUGGCCAAGGCGAAGCGACGAAAGAUCUUGCGAUCGCUUCCACCGUUAAAGUCGCUGAACGACAGCGUGGCCGUCGAUGGGGCGGAUCUCAACAUCGAAAGUGUCGUGACGUCGUUUGGGGGAAGUCGAGGACGAUCAACUUGGCUCGUGGCAGUCGGUCCAAGCGUACAUGUCGAAGGAGCUCUCAGUGGAAAGCGAAGGUAAAAGAGGAGCUACCAGCCAGACGCUCCACCAGUGAACUUCAAGGCUCAGCAGAACAUGAUGACGCAUCCCGAGAGGAUUUUAUAUCUCCGUUGACGGCAUUUGACACAAACACGUACCAUUGCAUCGGCCGACACCCUGCGAGACACUUGCAACGCUGACGUCACGAGCAAAGGACCAUACUUCGAAGCGGAUGGGUGGACGGUGGGGGAGCGCUGUGAGGUCGAUAUGUGCCACAUGCAACCGUUUCCACCAACAUUGCCGCUCUUGAACGAGACGAGAGUGGAGUCAACGUCUGGCUG